CCGAACAGUGGUUUAGAUGGUGGGAGAAUUGUGCCCUUUAGAAUGGAUUUCCAGGAUGGUACUAUCACGAAAAAUCAGUAUGGUGUAAAUCGUGUUCUGUCAGAAUGACGUAGGGAGGAGACGAGGCAUUCUAGUAGGACUUAGGCGUAGAACUGGUGAAGAAACCGCGGCGCUGUACCGGUGGUCCCAGCGCUUCUAGGCGCGGACACCUCGUUCAUAUAGCAGGAUGACCAGCCGUCGGCCCUCACUGCCGCCAAUGCCGGACUUAAGCCAUUUAACCCCGGACGAGAGGGCGAUUAUAGAAUCUGUGAUACAGCGACAAAGAGAGGAAGAGGAUCGCGAACAAGAAAUUUUAAGAAAUCUGCAAGACGAUCUUAAAAAGACAGAACAACAUGUCAAGAAACUCAACGACACACGGGUACAGACGACCCAGGUGCAGGGCAACCUCGGCGCCGUCUGCGACAUAUGCCACAAGACCAAGUUCGCUGAUGGCGUCGGACAUACGUGUACCUAUUGCAACCUCAAAUCAUGCGCGAGGUGUGGAGGGAAGAUUACUGUACGAACAAAUCAAAAGCCAAUCAAACCAGAGGCACCUGGCGUCUCUACAACGCCCCCUACCACUAAAGUCAUGGAGGAGACUGUCUGGGCGUGUAAUCUCUGUCGGAAGAAGCAAGAGAUCCUUGCAAAGACCGGCCAGUGGUACCACGGGGGUAUGGCCAAACCGGUCCAGCUCGACGUGGACCAACCCAGGCCACCCCAGAAAUCAGAAACUAUGAGUGCUCUUGAUAAGAAGUCUAAAUUCGCUGAUCAUCCCGACUCUGGUCAGAGUUCAUCCGAAAAGGAAAACAAAGGAAUAUCCGAAGGUGGUAAACCACCCAUUACGCGAACGGGGAGUUUACUAGGGAAAGAAUUAAAACGUCAGUAUUCUAUGAGUGAUGUCGAUGCAAAGAGUAAGGAGAUGAAUGAGAGAACUCGUGAUAGGUCGCCGCAGGGCCGCGAGCGUAUUGGUUCCACUGGGCAUGACCGAGAACGUGAGCAUGGCCAGUAUCCCAGUGAACGGCGCGCCCUACAGGAGCGUAGGGUCUCCGAUCCGAAACGUGGCCCCACAUCGCCCCAUCGUGAGGGGGAAUUCACGGCCCCACACGCCGGGAGCAGACACGAAAGACAUAAUCGGUACGAUGACUUUAGUGAGCGCGUCCCGCGUGAUCAUCUUGGGCGGGAAAUUCUUGAGCCUAACGAGAGGCCGAGUGAUUUGAUUGGACGUAAUCAUGAACAGUUUCAGGAGUCGAUGCCGCGGGAACGUGACGAUCGGUUACGUCAUUCAUCACGGGAUCGCCGCGGUAGGGACCCGGCAAACAAUGAUCGAUUUAGGGACGACCUUCCACCGGACAGGAGAAGAGAGCCCUCUAGUGAUAGAGUUAAUAGGGAUUCAAGGGAACAGUUAGAUAGACGGAGAACAACAUCUAGCGACAGGAUAUCGGAACUCGGCGGUCGCGAACGCUACCAUGACCCUGCCACUGAUCAUAGACAUGAGAAUUAUCGCGACUUCCGAGAGACGCCGGGUCGGUCGCGUGGCGAUCGUCACGAACCCGAGAAUAGGCAUAGGAAUGACAAAAGUCAGGACCGCAUGAGUGAUCAUAGUUUCCAGGAUGAACAUGACAUGGGGAUUAGUCGUUCGCGACACGGUUCUGGACGUGAUCAUAAUAUUCAAAGACCUACUAGUGUUGAGCGGCACCGGCAUAUGCAAAAAGAUAUGGACGCGUACGACCCAUAUCAUAGCCCGAAACCGUCGGGGUUCACAAAACACUUACAAGACGAGGUGGAAGGAAUACAACCGAACCACGAUCAACUCACACAGAUGCAACACCUUGACCCUGCGGCUGCCGCUAAGAACUCCAAACGGAAUAGACAAAAAAUGGAAAGUAUGUUACGCAAUGAUUCGCUUAGUUCUGACCCUUCUGACUGUCCACGCCCACCACCGCCAAAACCUCAUAAGCAUAAAAAAGGCAAGAAGCUUCGCCAGCGAUCGUUGAGUAGUUCCGACGACGAGAUACGCUCGACACCGGACUGUUCCAGUUGUGAAGAAGUGGAGAUCGAAAGUGAAAGCGUCAGUGAAAAAGUGACCGGUCGUUUGAGAAUAAACCACUAUGGAAAAAGUGUUUAUGAUGACCACUACGAGCAGGAAUCGUGGAAAAAAGACGAAAUGCUCGAGGCUAAAAUUAAAAAGUUUUUAGCGCAUCCCGUUACCUGGCAACCGUCUGGUGAUGGCACCAAGCUAAUAGGUCACAUGAUCUUGAAGAAAUCCGGUCUGCUUGAGGGCGGUAAGGACUCUAGUGCAAUAUUAGGUUUGAAAGUGAUUGACGGAAAGACCACCGAAUCUGGACAGUUAGAAUUUUCUCCAUCUGACCUGGUGUACCCCUUUGGUCUGAAAGUGAUCGGUGGCAAGAUGACAGAAUCGGGACGACUCGGUGCCUUCAUUACAAAAGUCAAAAAGGGGAGUAUAGCUGAUACUGUGGGACAUCUUCGACCUGGUGACGAGGUCCUAGAAUGGAAUGGCCGGUCUUUGAAAGGCGCAACAUUUGAGGAAGUUUAUGACAUAAUAUUCGAGUCCAAGCAAGAACCACAGGUCGAGUUAAUAGUGCAACGAAAUAUAGGGGAGGGCGGUCCUGACAUGCAGGAACUAAUGGGAAUGGAGUCAGGACACAGAAGUAAAUAUGAGCACGGACAUUCGGCGGCGAUGCCGGCCAACCGACCCAGUGUCACCAUCACGUCGCCCGGCUCACCAGGGGUCACCCGACAUCGACCGCACUCGCCGCAGAUAUCUGGAAGAGUACAGGUGAAGCUUUGGUAUGAGGUGCAGAGCUACCAGCUAAUUGUGACUGUGCUAUCGGCAAUGGACCUACCGCAACACAGCGUCAACCAACUACGAAAUCCAUUUUGCAAACUGUACUUGCUUCCUGACAGAAGUGAAAAGAGCAAAAGAAGAACAAAAACCAUCGCAAAAACGUUAGAGCCGAAAUGGAACCAGACGUUCAUCUAUUCACCGUUGAAACCCGCCGAGUUGAAUGGGCGGGCACUCGAGGUCACUGUCUGGGACUACGACAGGAUAAACGGGAGCGAAUUCUUAGGAGAGACAAUCCUUGACCUUUCAACGACGGACCUGCAUGAUGAGGCAUUGUGGUAUCAGCUGAGAAUGGAUGAAUCGUCAAGUCUGGGGUCACAGUCAAGUGUGAAGCAUCGGAAUAACCGUAAUCAUGAUGGUAACCAUGGCAACUCAAACAACUCGUGGACCCGUGCGGGUGUCGUUGGACGAGGAGAUGGUGCUAGUGUGAGCUCGGUGGGGAGUUCGCCUCCUCCCAGUGAAGACUUCUCCGACCCAGAUCGGCGACAUAGGAAUCGUGCUCCGUCUCCCUUACCAAUUAGACGUCGAGGGCAGUCGGCAGGAAAAGAAGAUUUGGGAGCAAGAUCAAACGUGCCUGGAUCACCAAUACGCCAACAGCCGUCAUCGGGAAAUGUCACACCGACAAGCACCCCUUCGCCCAAGAAGCGCCAGCUCCCACAAAUUCCCGUUCAAGUACAACAGGCAAGCCGCGAUCGAGGUAUGACGGGAUAUUUAUAUUUAGUUACGCAAGAUCUAGAGGAGAGAGCUAGACAGAUGAAGCUUAAAAUGAAGAUGAAUGCAUAUAAACAAGUCGGUACGCCCUCUAGCGAUAGCGAGGCGAUGUAUCCCCGCGCGCGAUCCUGGGACAGGAACGACGAACGCGAUCGAUUGAGCGAUCACAGUGGCUCCGGUCCGAACGACCGGUUUGACCGCUACGGCGAUGGCAAGAGACGGAAUCAUCAUAGCCUCGAUCGAGAGGGUGAUCUCCGCUACCAUAGCCAGGAUCGUGUGGACCGCGGCUUUGACCGUGGGUUCGAGCGGGAGUUUCGACGUGAUCGUCACAUGGGGAUGGAUCGAGGACGUGAACGCAUCCGUGAUUACGAUGGCAGACAUCGCCGGCGAGCAAAAGAGUUUAGCCCUGAUGCAUCUGAUGACGCCCUGCAGAGUGACGCAUCUGAAACCAGUGACAUGUCCGAGGUCUCCAAAAUAAGUACAAUCAGCGUCCGGUCGACUCAGUCAGAGAAGCCUCGAAGAAAACUAAGUGAAUUCACCUCUAAAAUGGAAAUGCGUGGUGGAGGCGCGGGUCCUGCCGCUCCAACCAACACACCAAACCCACGGCCUUUCAAUCGCAGCCUCAGCAACACGGAUGUCGGCCAGUAUGACAAGAACGACGGGAGCGUGUCAGACUCCGCCGUCACAAGUAAUGUUACCGAGGGCCGCAAACGACGUCCAAGUAUAGGAUACAAAGUGGCAGCGCUCGUGGGACUGUCGCGGAGAUCCAGUAGUACGUCGCAGUUGGGACAAACGGGUGGUAAAAAUAAACGUACGUCAUUCCAAAGAAGUGAAGAAGUUGGGGCCGCCGCUGAGAUGAGGAACCGGAUGACACGCCAGGCGAGCAAGGAGUCGACUGAUGGCAGUAUGGGCAGCCUGAGUGGAGACUCGACCAACACGCCUUGGCUUCCAUCUAAUUUACGUUUGGGACCGGAAGGACAAUUUGGCGAUUUCGUGGAGGGUUUGGGUCCGGCGCAGUUAGUCGGACGUCAGGUUCUAGGAUCACCGUGCCUUGGGGAAAUACAGUUAGGGUUAUUUGAUCGUAAAGGUCACCUGGAGGUGGAGGUCAUCAGGGCACGAGGCUUGAUGGCCAAGCCGGGUGCAAAAGUCAUGCCAGGUAAGGUCUUGCCAGCACCUUACGUCAAGGUUUACCUUAUGGAAGGCAAAAACUGCAUAGAAAAACAGAAGACAACGAUCGCACGCCGAACUCUUGACCCUCUCUAUCAGCAGCAACUCAUCUUCCUGGAAGCAUAUCAUUCGAAAGUUCUCCAGGUGACCGUGUGGGGCGACUACGGCCGAAUGGAUCGUAAAGUGUUCAUGGGCGUUGCUCAAAUCAUGCUCGACGACCUUGACCUAUCCAAUAUCGUCAUCGGCUGGUAUAAGUUGUUCACCACAUCGUCGUUGAUCAACCACCACCAUCGACGAAGUUCAUCAUCAUCAUUAGAGAGCUCUGGAUAUCAAACGGGCUCCACCGCCAAUGCUGGUCGUGUAACAUAGCAUUCGGGGUGCAUUAGACAUAAUUUAACUAAUGUACUCAUGGUCGCAGUGCCGUCUUUAUAAAUAACCCGGCGUAUUGGAUUCAUUUCAAUCUGGGCCCGGAGUGUCCAUUCAAAGUUCGUUAGUUGUGUUGACAUGACUGAUCAAGGGUUACCAUGGAAAUGAUAAAUAGCAAAUGGGUCGUUUUGUAAAAUUCACUAUAUUUGCCUGUCUAUCUGAUCUAGUUCUAAAUUCUCCUUACACUGCCUUCAUCUGUCUGUCUAAGGCGGUGAGGAGAAUUUGAAAAGUGAUCAGCUUUUCAACUCGAGUUUGAAGUUGUAUUUCCCUAAUCUCUCAUCCAUGUGAUUUAGACUAAAAAGUCGGACUGUUUUAUCAAUUCUAUAGAUAGUGUUCUUUUAUAAUAAUUCUUGUCGAGAAGACGUGACUGUGCGUAUGAAAUCCAAAAUGGCCGAUUCAGGUGUUUUAAAAAUCAGCAAUGGAAAUCAUGUUUCAUUUUUGGGUAUUCUUCAUAACGUUUGAAUGUUUGUAGUAUUGAAUUAUGGGUAAUCUAGGUACUUAGUGUCAUGAAAUAGCUAACUAAAGAGAGGUGGUUCAGCCUCGAAAAUAUGGAUGCCAGUGAUGUGGAUGUUCAACCUCGAAAAUAUGGAUGCCAGUGAUGUGGGUGAUUCAACCUCGAAAAUAUGCAUAAUGGAUCAUUGGGUGGAACUGCAUGAGGAUUG